GUUAAAUAUAAAGUUUGAGAAAACCUACAAAAAACUUCAAUUUUCAAAAACCAAAAAGCUCUUAGUACUCAGAAAAAUGGGCGACGUACAAGUUGACUUCAUAAAAAAUGACGAGACAUGCUUUAUAAUUUUAUUGUAUGUGAACACAAUGAAUAGUAAAAUUACAUCAUUUAAGUCAAUUGAUGAUUUAAAUGAUCCAGAGAUUUACAGGAAAGUCACUCGUGUGUUUAUUUAUCCGUCAUAUUUACCAACAUUUCCAAGUGAACUUAGUGACUUUUUUCCAAAUCUAGAGUACAUUGAGAUUUACAAUGCAGAAAUGAAGACAAUUUGUAGCAAAGAUUUGAAAGGAUUCACAAAAUUGAAAAAAUUACGACUCGAUUUCAAUAAAAUUUCUUAUUUGCCUGGAAAUUUAUUUGAAUUUACACCAAAAAUCUCACAAAUCAGCUUCGCAAACAAUAAAAUAACAAAAAUUGGACCUCAAAUCUUUGAUAAACUUGAAAAUUUGAUAAAAUUUGACCUAAGAGGCAAUCCUAACAUUAGCUACAAAUACAACAAAGGUGUUCAGGACCUGAAUGCAUUGAAAUUUCUUAUUCAAGAACAAUGUAAGCUGAUAAUAAGCUUAAAAGACAUGGCAAAAGAAGUCCUCAAGCUAAAUAUGAACGAUGAAGUUCGUAUGAUUACACAUCAUUUAGGUAUCUUUGAUAUGGACGACAAUCGAAAGACUAAAUUUGUAAAGUGUUAUUAUUAAUUUAAUUUUGGGAUGAUUUUGACUUUUUUUAAAGAAUUUAUUUGA